GUGUCAUCUGCCCACUCUGCAACUCGCUCCCAACCUAUAAGAACUACCUCAGAAUGGUCGCUUCGCCCGAAACCCACGCGUUCGUCAAGGCGACGCUCGCUUCGCACGGUGUCACGGUCUUUAGCAAGACGUACUGCCCCUACUGCACGCAGGCCAAGUCGGUCUUGACGUCGGUUGGCGCGCCGUACCACGUGAUUGAGCUCGACGUUGUCCCUAACGGCGACGAAAUCCUCCAAGCGCUCAUUGAGCUCACGGGCCGCCGCACGGUACCCAACGUGUUUGUCCAGGACGUGACGAUCGGCGGCGGCUCGGACGUGGCGCAGCUCCAGCGCGACGGCAAGCUCGUGCCGCUCCUUCAAAACGCUGGUGUCCUCGUCUAAUUUACUGCGUAAGAAUCGCUCGCUUUUUCCAACAAAUUCCCACAAAUUCCAAACCAAC